CUCGUCUUUGCAAAAACUGUCCGCGACCGCAGGUUAAUGGGCAGUUUUCAUCCUGUCUGCCACUAGCACAUGUUGAGGAGAGGAAGGGGACUUUAUACAAGUGCACCUACUGAAGAUUACGACGACGACACAUAUCCUCUUCUGCCUACUUCAUCGUUCCAAUCGCGUUUUAGCUCUUCGUCCGCACCAUCCUUCCCGCGACGCCAUCGCGCAGACCGUUUUGAUCCUCCACCCAUAGAAGAUCCUGAACCAAUACCUCCACCUCCUCCUGAAGUCACCGUAUUCGACAUGUACUACUCAAAACAGGCUUACAUCACCUACGGUGCGAGCUUGGUGGCCCUAGUGGUCUUCCUAAAUUUAAUUUUUACUGGCAACGGCGAGCAGUUUAACGUCGGCAGGUUCUUGACCGAGACGUCACCUUAUAUGUGGGCGCUACUGGGCACGUCAUUGACUGCUGGACUCAGUGUUGUUGGUGCUGCCUGGGGAAUUUACACCACGGGCUCCAGUCUUCUCGGUGCUGCUGUCAGAGCUCCUCGUAUUCGAACGAAGAAUCUUAUCAGCAUCAUUUUCUGCGAGGUCGUUGCUAUUUACGGUCUCAUCAUUGCAAUUGUCUUUUCCUCUAAAUUGAAUGAUGCCGCACUGGCUGCUGGUGAAACAUGGUCGAGAUCUGCUUACUAUUCAGGUUAUGCUUUGUUUUGGGCAGGUCUCACAGUUGGCUUUGCAAACCUCUUCUGCGGCAUCGCUGUUGGAAUCACAGGAUCGACUUGCGCCAUUGCAGACGCCUCCGAUCCCCAGCUGUUUGUCAAAGUCCUCGUGAUUGAGAUUUUCGGUUCCAUCAUCGGCCUUUUUGGUUUGAUCAUUGGACUGCUGAUGACCUCGAAAGUCCGCGAAUUUGAUGUCCAGCAAGGAUGAGUUGACAUCUCUGAUAAGAAAAGUUAGAUAGGCUGGGAAACGGGAUUUAGAGAUUCAGCUUCCUUGGCGGCGUUUCUUGUAAACAAAGAUCUCUGACCAAUACGAUUUUCAUAUUGUGAUAUACGGCCAACGGGGUGCUUUUUUGACCGGAUGCGAACCCCACUGUAGAUCUCAUGCAAUAGAACUUCUUAUGCGAACAGUGACGAAAGAUAAAUUGCC